UACUUUAUUUGAACGAUUUAACAAAUAUUUUCAAUUCAGUAACUAUCUUAAAUUAUUCAGGUGCAAAAGAUUGAUGAAAAUGUCACAUAGACGACGGCGUUAUCACGCGGUACCGAAACACUAGGUGUCGCUGUGAGUCAAGUCGCGCUUCAUAGAAACAGGAUUUCCUCGGAUUGCGCUUUAGUAGGCGUGUGUAGUGUAUCCCAAUGUGUCUGUUUUUGGUCAGUUGUUGUAAUUAAGAAUAAAAUGUUGCCUGUAUUAUAACGAAAUCGAUUUGCAAGUGCACUAGCAUGGACCGCAAGGCAGCGUCAUAUUUACACAGCGGUGGUUAAUCAGGCUCUAAUACGAUGCUCCGUCUGAUGUCAUGUCACCGGUGGCAGACCUUCAUACGAACUAGAGUUUGGGUGAGAUGGUGCUCCACCUCCGUGAAACCCAAAUCCCAGCAGGGCUCAGAUCAAACCCGCCUGAACCCCCUCAACAUCCAGAUGCUCUCCAGAAACCUACAGGUGCAGAUAUUCCGGGGUCAGACGCAGGAGUACACAGACGAGGAUGUUGAACGCAGUAUAAGACACUUACAGCAGCAUCAACUCUGGGGGAAAGAAACCGCCCUGUUGCCUGACGUAGAACUCAAGUUACCUCAAAUGUACGGCAGUGACAUCGACGAACACUUUAGUUUACUUGCCCAAAAGCAGAGCCUUCCUUACCUAGAUGCGGCCAGUCAGCUUCAGAGAGCAAGACUUCCCAGGAUGCCCAAGGAGUGGGCUUGGGAAGUGGGCUGGACUCGGUACGGGCCGGGCGAUGAGCGCCAAAGUGUGAAUUUCCCAGAGGAGAAAGCUAUCGUGUUUGAUGUGGAAGUGUGUAUGGAGGAAGGACACUGUCCUACGCUGGCCGUGGCGGUUUCCCCAAAUGCCUGGUACUCAUGGUGCAGUAAGAGGCUCAUAGAGGACAGGUACACCUGGUCUAGUGAUCUGACGCUGUCCGAUCUCAUCCCCCUGGAGACCCCAGAGAACUACACCCAACCACUGGGCGGUGUCUGGCAGAAGAGGCUUGUGGUUGGACACAACGUGAGCUUUGAUCGGGCGCACAUUAAAGAACAGUACUUAUUAAAAGGCUCCAAAAUGCGUUUCCUGGACACAAUGAGUCUCCACAUGGCAAUCUCCGGUCUGACGGGAUUCCAGCGCUCACUCUGGAUGGCCAGCAAGUACGGCAAGAGAAAAGGGCUACAGGAAGUGAAGGAGCACAUGAAGCGGCUUGGCCGAAGAUCUGAGGGCCCGAAGAUUGGCUCGUGGGAAUGGGUUGAUAUUAGCAGUAUUAAUAACCUUGCUGAUGUUCAUGCUCUCUACGUGGGAGGAGAACCGUUGAGGAAAGAAGCUAGGGAUCUGUUCGUGAAGGGCAGCAUGGCGGACAUUAGGACAAAUUUUCAGGAGCUGAUGCAGUAUUGUGCUCUUGAUGUUUUGGCCACACAUGAGGUCUUCAUUCAACAGUUGCCUCUCUUUAUGGAGCGGUGUCCUCACCCAGUGACACUUGCAGGUAUGCUAGAAAUGGGCGUAUGCUAUCUUCCGGUCAAUCAGAACUGGAAGCGGUACGUGGAAGAUGCCCAGAACACUUAUGAAGAGCUGCAGAGAGAGAUGAAGAAAUCAUUGAUGAUUCUGGCUGACGAUGCCUGCCAGUUAUUGGAGGAUGAGCGGUACAAAGAUGAUCCCUGGCUGUGGGACUUGGAUUGGGACGUUCAGGACUUCAAGCAAAAGAAAAUACCUGUAAGCAAGAAGAAAGCCAAACAAGAGGCCGAGGCAACAGCAGCAGCAAAAGAAAAUGUACCAGAAGACUGGAACGAGGACCCAGGUCCUCCUUCAGAAGAAGAGCAGGCCGGUCUACACCCCAGCGGAGAGCUUUUACAGAGAAUAAAAGAGACAGUCAGCUACCUGCCAAAACGGAGACAGCACUUACCGGCCCACCCCAGCUGGUAUCGUAAGCUGUGUGUGAAGAUGUCUGAGGCCGAGGACUGGUCUCCUGGAGCCAGUCUCAUCAGUCUGCAGAUGAGGGUCACGCCCAAGCUGAUGGGCCUCACAUGGGACGGCUUUCCCCUGCACUACACCGACAAACAUGGCUGGGGUUACCUGGUACCAGGCCGCAGAAAUAACCUGGACACCUCAGAGGACAGUGAAGGACCUGUAUGUCCAUACAGGGCAAUUGAGAGCAUCUAUAAGGAGUAUUGUGAGCGCAAGGGAAAGGAACAGCCCCAGUAUCUGGACAGCCCACCUUCUGAUGACUUCAUGCUGACGGACAGUGCCGUGUGGCAGACGGUUGAAGAAAUGAGUCGACUGGAAGUGUUUGAUGAUGAAGCACUGAGUACAGCAGGCCCAUCCAAGGGGAUCAAGAAAAAACUAAAUUCAUUAGCUGAAAAUGGAAACGGCGAGUGUCCCUAUCACAAUGGAAAUGGACCAUACAAUGAUGUCAACAUCCCUGGAUGCUGGUUCUUCAAACUGCCUCAUAAGGAUGGAAAUGAGAACAAUGUGGGUAGCCCCUUCUCUAAAGACUUCCUGUCUAAAAUGGAGGAUGGUACACUUCAAGCAGGACGACGAGGCACCAACGCCACACGAGCGCUCGAGAUCAACAAGAUGAUGUCAUUCUGGAGAAAUGCUCAAAAACGCAUCAGCUCCCAGAAGGUGGUAUGGCUCCGUAAGGCAGAACUGCCGCGCACUGUCAGACGACAUGAUGACUUUGAUGAGGAAGGACAAUAUGGUGCCAUCUUACCACAGGUCAUCACAGCUGGAACCGUCACUCGCAGAGCUGUAGAACCAACAUGGCUGACUGCAAGUAAUGCUCGGAAAGAUCGUGUAGGCAGUGAGCUGAAGGCCAUGGUGCAGGUGCCUCCUGGGUAUCACCUGGUGGGAGCAGAUGUGGACUCUCAAGAGCUGUGGAUCGCUGCCAUACUGGGCGAAGCACAGUUUGCAGGAAUGCAUGGAUGCACAGCGUUUGGAUGGAUGACGCUCCAGGGAAAGAAAAGUCAGGGCACGGAUCUGCAUAGCCGUACCGCAGAUGCUGUGGGCAUUAGCCGUGAACACGCCAAGGUCUUCAACUAUGGCCGGAUUUAUGGGGCUGGCCAGCCGUUUGCUGAGCGACUGCUAAUGCAGUUCAAUCACAGACUAAGCCAACAGAAAGCAGCUAGUAAAGCUCGCCAGAUGUACGCACUUACCAAAGGACUGCGUAGAUAUCAGCUGUCUGAGGAAGGGGAAUGGUUGGUAAAGGAGUUGAAUGUGGAGGUGGAAAGAGCUGAGGAUGGCAGCAUCUCACUCCAGGAUUUGCGUAAAAUCUCCAAACUGGCAUCUCAAAGAAGGAGCAAGAGGAAGUGGAAUCUCACAGGGAAGCGUGUGUGGGCAGGCGGUACAGAAUCAGAGAUGUUCAAUAAGCUGGAAAGUAUCGCCCACUCUGAGGAACCAGCCACUCCAGUACUUGGCUGCAGGAUUUCCAGAGCUCUGGAACCUUCUGCUGUUCAUGACGAGUUCAUUACCAGCAGAAUAAACUGGGUGGUUCAGAGUUCAGCGGUGGACUAUCUUCAUCUAAUGCUGGUGGCCAUGCGGUGGCUGUUUGAGGAACACAACAUUGACGGGCGCUUCUGCAUCAGUAUUCACGAUGAGGUGCGUUAUCUGGUAACGAGUGAAGAUCGUCACAGAGCUGCACUGGCCCUGCAGAUCACCAACCUGCUCACCAGGUGCAUGUUCGCCUAUAAACUGGGAAUGAUGGACUUGCCCCAGUCAGUGGCUUUCUUCAGUGCGGUGGACAUCGAUAAGUGCUUACGGAAAGAGGUGACUAUGGACUGCGUGACUCCAUCCAACCCCACAGGAGUGGAGCGGAGAUACGGGUUAAGACAAGGUGAGGCGUUGGACAUUUAUCAGAUUAUAGAGAUCACCAAAGCAUCGUUGGCCAAAGGAAAACAGCAAGCUAGAAGGAUAUAAUAUUUGUGGCAUGACAAGAAUGAACACAGGUGAUGCAGUCUCUCUCAGCACAUAAAUGGCCACCCCUAGUGUGAACUCAAUGUUGAAAUGAGAGAAUUGAAUGAACAGGAUACUAAAAAGUGCAAAAGGAGGACUAAAAGCUCUUUUUUCACUGCUUCCUCCUCUUUUUCUUUGGUGCUUGAGUUUCCUCUGGAACUUGAGAAUCUUCAGUCUAAAGAAAGAAAUAAAGACACCAUUGAAGAUGAAGAGCCCAAACUCACAGCACUGUCUGAGUAUGAACAUGUUUAAACAGAGACACACAUGUUGGCUUUGAUCCUGCUGCUGUUCCUGUUCCUGCAGUGCAGCUUCCAAUGUGGCCGCAUUGAUUCUGAAGUCUCUGGAAGUGCUCUGUUUCAUGUACUGCAUCAGAUUGACCUGUUUGAAAACAUUCAGAGAGUUGCCUUCAUUUUUCACAGGUUUUGGUAACACUUGUUGUAUAUGAGACUUGGAUCCUCUGAGAAAUACCUUGGAUUUCUUGGAGAGAAGAAUGAGAAACUUCUCAUACUGCUCAAUGUUGAAAAUGAGAUUUGGGAUGGCUUUAGUCUCACGAAGGACUUUAGCCUAGAAAAGAAAUCACAUCAGAUGCACAAAACAUUUUCAAGACUUUGCACACCAAAGCCUAAAUUGUUACCAAAUAUUUUCAUUAAAAAAAAAAUUAUUCAAAAUGGUUCCUACUGAA